GUUUACUGAUAGUAGCGUAGCUCCGGAUAUAUAGUAAACGAUUGAUCCAUUAAUGAAUUAUAAUUUUGCACCUGAUCAUGAGAACGAGGGCCCUUCAUCCUCGAUGGGGAAAAAAGGACGAAGCAAGAAUUUCAAAGGAAUACGCCCUCCAGAAAAUAAAGAGAGCAGGAAAUGGGUUAAACUCAUUGAUGAUAAGCUCCAGUUUGUUGAUCCAAACAUCCCUCGGGCUAUCACUUCACUAUGGAAGUCACGUUUUAAUGGCCUGUAUUUCACAUACGAGCGUGUCCCCCAGAGCAAGAUUGCCGAAAUUUAUAAUUGUUUCAAGGAUACUUAUGUUGCGGAGUGCACAGAUAGUCAUGGCUCUGAUGCUAGUUCGUGGCCACGCAUGGAUAACGAAGCAUGGGUUAAGGCUGUUGAAGAGACAACCCCGAGACAACCCCGAGAAAACUUAAUAGCAGCACUGAUGGCGUCUGACUAUGAGGAGACACAGGCAAAAGAUCAUGAGGAGUUAGAAAGACAACGCCAACAAAUUGCUUUGAUGCAACAGCAGCUGGCCAAUAUGACAGAAGCUCAGAAUAAUAUGAGCCAGACAAUCGCACCGUCUGUUGCAGCAGCUCUAGCCGCUCAUGGCAUCUCCUCUCAGGCAGGUCAUCAUCCAUUGCCUCACCACAGCCGUCACAUGGUCCUGGCUCAGGUCUUCGCAUGAAUUCAGCUUUCACCUACUCCACUGAUUCUACACAAACCUCUCCUAUGGUCCCUGAAUAUCAGCAGCAGCGGUAGUUUCCGCCUCAAGAUGAUGAUGCAUACCAUCCUACUUUUGAUCCAGACUAUCAAGGUCCUUAGUUUUUUUAUUUUUCUGCUACGCACAUUAUCUGCAUACUUUGCAUGGUUGGCUUUAUUUCUAUUAGUACUUUAAACUGUUAGCUUUAGCUUUUAUUACGAUAUAUUUUUUUAUUUUGCUUGACCUCUAGUGAUCAUACUUCAAAAGGUGAAGUUUUGGACUGCUUUGGAGGUUAAUUAUUAUUAACUAAAUAUCGUGGGUAUUU